AUGCCUGCUCGUAACCAAAUCGAAAAUAUAACGCCCUCGAGCACGCCACCAUUCUCGGACCCAAAUCAAUCUCUGCCAUCUCUUUCCUCCUGCUCGCGAGAUUGUCUCGCAUCAAGACCGAUUACUUCCGGCGCCUGGUUUGGAAUGUGGUUCCGAAGCAGUGAGCCUGAUACCACUCCCAAAGACGACAUGCCGUAUUGCGAGAAUAUAGAUUCUCGCCAUGUCGCACAAACGCGAGGGCUCUCAAUGCGGGCAAUCCCCAGCCCAUGCCGCACCGUAGGUAUUAUUGACGAUCACCAUUAUCGCGGUGAAGGCCAAUUGAGAAUAUCGAGCGCUGUUUACGCCCUUGCCUUCGCUAAAUUCUCUUGCUUUUCGUGCCGGGUGUCGUGCAUAGACGACCUCGAGUGUCAUCGUAAUAACGCUCCCACACGUGGGAAAAGGCUUCUUACAACGCCUUCCAGGCGAACCCGGCUAUCCCAAUCCCGUGUGAUGAUGCUUACCAAACUCCUUUAUAACGACCUAUUUAGAAGCUUUAUACCGAGUUGA